ACAUCGAGCCAUCGGGGCAGUUCGAUCGGAUCGCCGGGGAAUCAAAUCAAAUCAAAGCAGGCAGUCAAAGGCAACGCGUCGACACUUGGCGUGCCAUCCACUCGAGGAGUAUCUCUUAGAAACAGAUACAGAUACAGAUCAUCGGAAAUUCGAUUCUGAUUUGCCCGCGUGCCGAGUUCUCACUCCUCUCGAAUCAUUAGCUACAGUUACUUUUUGUUCUGCUUUUUUUUUUGUUCGUUUAUAUUAUUCGGUUCUGAGUGGACUUAUCUUGCGUUGCAUUCUCGAACUUUCGCCAAAACAAAUCAAAACUCUACCGAAAAGUGCCAAAAGAUUCAGCCAGGGACAUUUCCGCAGAGUCUCCUCCACACAUACAAAAUUUAUGUGUAAAUGAGUACAGCUGCCUGCCCGCUCGACCUCAGCAGCAGCAGCAGCGACAACCGAAAGAGCAAAACGGCAGACACGCGGGAAAGAGUAUCCACGCUCGGGGCCAGCAGAAGUCGUCUCCACAGAAUCGGCUCGCUGCUGACGCUCGCCGUUCUCAUGUGCCAGCUGCAGCAGUUCGCCCACCCCGGCGGCGGCGGCGGGGGCAUCGAAGCCGCCCCAACACCCACGCAGUCAUCACCAUUACCCAGUGCAAAACACCUUGCCCCGCCAUCAGACACGCCCAAACGCCUCCAGAAGCGACACAAUCCGGGCAACUUUCGGCAGCGCUUCCAGAGGGAACUCAACGGCAGCAUCGCCCGUUUGGACUGGGAAAAUACGUGCGGGGGCAACUGGACGGGACCCGAGGACUGGGUGCGCUCAACAAAACGCUGCAAAAAGCGCCAAUUGGUUAUCCAUGCGCUACAGAACCACACCAGAAGCGAGCUGCGUAGCCUGCGGGCGGAGAACAAGGACACGGCCAUCACCAAGGCCAUCGACAUCUCGCAGCAGCGGAAGUGGGCGCUGCACAGUGGAACCUACAAGUUUUUGCCACGCCUCAAUGCGAGUAGUAGCCAGCUUAACCUGCGCCACGUGCAUCGGGACCUGCAGUUCUACGUGGGGGCCUUCAGCUACCUGCGCCAUGCCCAGCUGCACUGGGACUACUCCAACACACAGACCGAGAGCGUGAUGUCCGCAGAGCUGGGACGCCUGCGCAAGAGCGCCCGUCACGUACUGUGCAGUGUGGAGGUGGCCAUAAACGCCACCAACCGGCUGUACGCCGGCAUUGGCCAGAAGAACGGUCGCCGCACCGUGCCCCUCCUACGCAGGAAGAUCUUGAGCCGAGAGCUCAUGGAGAAACGCCUGCAGCAGUUCAAGACGCCGCUUGUCCAGCUGCACCACGAGGCGACACUCUCAGCCCGCGGCUUGCCCGCCGAACAGCCCACACAGUCCGUGCAGCUGGCCGUGGACGCGCGCUUCGUCAAGUUCGAGUACGUGCAGUACCUGAACAGUGCCUGGAAGAUCCUCGCCAGGCAGCGCAAGCAGCUCUGCCGCAAUCAGAGUCAGAGGCAGGGCAACACCCUCAAACGGAGGCAGCCAAGCCAAGUUCGGAACAGGACACAAUCGAAUUAAGGACCACAAGAAGGAGAGAGCAGACAGAAAAGAACAGAACCAGAGAGAGAGAGAGAGAGAGAGCAACAAGAGAAACCUCCGCUCCAUAACGAGGCUCAUUCCACCACCCCCAAGACAUUGAUAUUUAUUAACCAUUCGCUAUUUAUUAAAUCAAAGUCACGAAUCACCAGUCACGAAUCACAAGCGAUCCAGUCGCAGGAUGAAAACUCACACAAGUCCCCGAUCAAAACAAGAGACAACCGUGGAGAAAAAUAUGUACCUCCCUCCUCUACCACCUAAGACAUAUAUUUUAUUUUAUUUUAUUUUAUUUCUAGAUAUAGAAAAUGCGCGUAUUUCCUUUUUUUUUGAAUAGAUCUAAGCCUCAUUGUAUUAUUUAUUAUGACAACUCGCCAAGAUCUGCCGCACAUUGUGCUAGAUCCUAAGAUCAGUUUUUAUCGAUUACCAACCGCUUCCUUGUAUUACGAUGCUGUGAUAAUAUAUGAUAAAGCUCCAUUCCAAUGCAAUGUACCCCCGAAUCCAUGCACGAAACCAUAACCUACGAGUAUUUAUGUACAUCAAUCAACGCUAUGAAAUCCAACGAAAUGUUGUGUAUCCUCCCAAACUCCCCAAA